GCCGCCGGAGUCUGCUGCGGCCUGCGGUCCCCGCUUGUUGCCGCGCCUCCCCCGUCCCCGUCUCCGGGUUCCAGGGGACGCCGGGCGAACGGAGGAUGGGCGGCCGGCUGGCGCGGACUCUGCGGAACUUUAACUUGGAGAACCGGGCGCACCGGCAGGUGGGCCGGAGGAAACCGAGCGUUGCCCCGAGACACCCGAGUACCGGAGCGCGCCUGGAGCGGCAGUGGAGGGAUCAUCCUGAAGUUCACAACAAAAAUGAAGAACUUUUGACUUUUCUGAAAAACGUUUACGUUGAUUCAAAGGAUUAUUCAUCGAAGAACGUUCCAAUCAAUGAGACGUCCAAGCAGCUGCAGGAGCACAGACUUCCCAAAGUCACUUUGAAUCAAUACCCAGUAGCCAUUACACAAGUUCCAAAAGGCAAGCUGAGUAUUGUGGAAGUUCUUGCUGUUCUCAACAACCACAAGCUCCAUCCCGAAGUAUGGACUGCUGAAAAAAUUGCUGAAGAUUACAGUCUAGAACUUAGAGAAGUAGAAGGGUUGCUGGAAUACUUCAAACCCUUCGAAAUGAAGAUUCUACCUCCAAAGCAAAAGAACAAGGAACUGAUAUCAGCUAGGUGAUAGUCUGCACAAUUUCAGUCAAUAUACUUUAUGAAAAGGUACCAAAUGUUAUUUUUUUAAUUUAUGAUGUACAACAUGUGCAAGUAAUGGGAAUGUUAUGGAUAUUAUGUCUUAACGCUUCAGACCUAUGCUGUAACAUGUGUAAAUUGGUGCAGAACUGCUAACCUGUCAAUUAGUCCUGACCCACACCACAAAACAUGCGCCAUGGUGGCGUGCCACUUUGAUGCCGUUACAGCCCAGGGCUUUCCAGAGUUCAAUUCCGGCACCAUCUGUAAGGAUUCUGUACUUCCUCCCUGUGAACUUUGUGGGAUUCCUGCAGGUCUGCUGAUUUCUCCCACAGUCCAUAGACAUACCGGUUAAUAGGUUAAUCAGUCAUUGAUGAAUUGUCCUGUAAUUAUGCUAGUUUUAAAUGGGUGGGCUCCGGCCGGUGCAGCUGACUGAGCUAGAAGGGCCUGUUCCGUGCUGUAUCUCUAAAUAAAAUAAAACAUUGUCACUGCA